AUGUUUAUCGGUAAAGAAGACGCUGAUUUUAACGAAAAUAAAAAAUGGGUAACUGCAGAGAAAAAAUUUAGACGUUAUAGUAUGAGCGCAAAAGAGAAAUUUAUUAGACUGUGUCUAGAACUAUUGACAGCAGCUGUAGGAAUUUCACCAUUAGUACUAUUAUAUACCGCGACAUAUUUGCGAUGGCGCGUUGCACAUUCAUUCAGGAUAAGUGAGCUAUACGCAUAUCUAUCUCAAUCGAUAGGUCCCUCAAAAUUAAAGCUGAAUAAAAUAGCUUGGAUUACUGCCAUUGUGAUGGUUGUCCUCGGUGGUGCAGUCUCUGCUUUACAUAAUACAGCAUUUACAAUUCAUAAGGGACAAUUAGUAACGAAUGUAUUUGCUCAUGCAAAAGUCAUUUCUGCAAAUGGAGGUUUGGGAUUAAUUCCUCUUAUCAACUGCAGCUCAUAUAGUAUAGGUAACCUAGUUCGGAAAUUAAAUACGUGUCCGUUUGAACUUACCCCUGAAGGCUACUUGGCAAACAGUCAAGUAGCCAACAAUACUGGUAUGAGUGAAUACGGUGGGAUGGUUUUCUCAGAUCAACAGCCUGUUCCUACUAUAACAGAGAUCAUGAAUGGAACUGCUAAUGCCAAUGCUACUUAUUCAAAUGUACCUUUAUUUGAUUAUUCUGUAAAUUGCUCAGUAGAAUCCGAUUCAACAUUCAAUCAAACAAUCAAGCGGGCAUUAACUGAAAUUAAUUCUGGAAACAAUGAUGAUCUUUCUAUAUUCAAUGUGGUGGCCAAUGAUACUGAAUUACCUGGAAAUUCAACAGUCUACCGAGAAAAUUCAUUUAGUUACCCUGUCGUUUCAUUGUCAUCAUCUAGAAUAGUUGGUAUGGCAAAGGUCGUUUCCCCAGUGAAUACUAAUAUUACUGGUAUCCCGGCUCUUUUGUACUUUUCUAAUCAUCAGUCUGGUGAUUUAUUUUCACAUAAAAAUGUAACUGUUACAAAUAUUACAACUGUGAUGCCUAAUAAAGGACAGUUAGAAAUAGCGGAUUUUAAUAUCCCUUCUUUACACCAAUUGACUAUGGGUACAUCUCAACUUUACUGGAGUCCGUUUUUAACAUAUCUUGGCAAUAAUACUAAUGGAAAAUUUUCACUGGAGUUUCUUGCCAUGCAAAUUAAAUCAUUAUUGCGAAAAGGUCAUUAUCUUGCUAAUGCUGGAUUUGGCUCUACUGAGCCCAUUGAAGGCACAAUUACUACCAAUGUCAAUCAGUUCAAUGAUAUUAAGUUAAUUAGAUUAGUUUUAAUUAUACAAUCAUUGAUUCAUCUGAUAAGUAUCAUUAUUGCAAUACUUAGUUUUUAUACAACUAUUAUAGAAACCGAAAUCUAUUCUGCAUCAACUUGGUGGUCAUUUGGAGCUUAUGCAGUAAAUAAACCUGUAGAUGGGUGUACUGGUAUUAUGUCUAAAGAACAUCGGAAUAGAAUAUUAGCACUACGUGAAACAAUGGAAGGACAUCUUCAAAUGACUUUUCCGACGGAUGGAAACAUACCAUCAGAAAAUUUGGACAACAUGAAUAUAAGAGACCUGAGGUGCGAUUUGCCAGGAACAGAGCUACCGGAUUUUAUGGCGAUAGAGAAGGGUCUGAUUUAG